AUGAGCAAUCAUCACACGAACGAUUGGAAAUCAGUUCAGAAUAAGCCAAGAACCGGAAGGAAAACUCAAUCAAAUACCAGUGCUUCAACUCCAACAGGUUCACCGCCAUCCUCCUCUUCAUCGUCAUCGGCAACUACUACAUCUUCUUUACCACCAGGCUCAUCUCCCGUCGGAUCCAAUCCAACUACCACUACUACUAGUAUUAAUUAUAAUGUCGUAGCAGCGACAAGUUAUAAAACUGCGGCUGUUGUAUCCGUUCCAAACCUUGAGUCGAGAGGAACUAGUAUGCAUCAUCAGCACCAAUACAAUAAUAAUUCUUCAUCCUCUUCUUCUUCAUCAAAUCAACCAUUGGAUAAACAUCCACUAGGUCAUACAUUUACAUUUUCCUACUUUAGAAAGGAGAAGGGUAUUGAUUAUGAAGAUUGUAUGAAAACUGUAGGAGAUUUUUCAACUGUGGAAGAAUUCUGGGCACUCUACACUCACAUGAAAAGACCAUAUGAGCUUAAAGUAUCGAUGGAUUAUCAUCUAUUUAAACAAGGGAUUAAACCAAUUGGCUAUUCUGCUAGAAUUUGGGAAGAUUUACUCUUAUCUUUCAUUGGUCAACAAUUUGCAAAUGAUGAUGAUAUUAACGGAGUUGUAAUUUCCAUUCGAGACAAUCAUGACAUUAUUUCAAUUUGGAAUAAGAAUGGAGAUGACGAAAAAAUCCAAGAAACAUUGAAGCAAGAUGUCAUGAACUUGUUGAAUCUCCCUUCUCAAACCAAGCUUGAAUACAAGGCACACAAGGAUGCCAUUCAAACACACACCAAGAUGCUUGAAUUAUGGAGCAAUAAUUUUAAAACAAGUGAUGACACUGACAUUCAAGACGAUGCGGAGCUAGCCGAAUCCAAUCCAAUGGAAGGAGAAACCACAAAACAACGAUAA